ACCAGGCAAAACUUUGCAAGAAAAACGAAAUGAUCGAAAUAGGGCGUUGAAGACGAAACGUCGUUAUAACUACAAGUAGUUUGUUGCCAGUUUGUGAAGGACAAAGAUCUUGGAUAUCUAGGCAGAUCGAGAAGCAUAAUGAAACCCUGUUGGAGCUUGGUUCUGCUAGUGUUGGCGGCCUCUUGGCGCAUCGCAAGCUCCUCCAAUGUCGUUCUCGCCCCCAUCGUGGCUGGCAAGCCAUGCGCAGCUCUAGUUAUCAUUCAGGGUGCACAGGUGCCCGCAGAGCGCUACGUGCCGCUAAUGGAAGCCAUCCAGCGCGCAUCCAGCAGCCUCUCGCUCUGGACUGGCGCUCCGGACUUUGAGCUGAACACGCCAGAGCCGCUGGUUGUUGGCAGCGGUAUACACAACAUUCUCGAUGCCAUGGCGGCGAAGGGAAUGAACCAGAGCCAGUGCGCCAUUUUCGUGGGCGGUCACUCGCUAGGUGGAGCACUCGUGCAAACGUGGGUCGUGGACCAAGCACAAACUCCGCAGCAGACCACUCAGGAGCUCACAAAUUCCGAGGCAACCCUCGUGGCGGGAAUUCCCCUCCGAGGACAGGUCUUGCUGGGAGCGUUUCUGCUGCGUAAGUGGCGCAACACGACCGGGGAGGGCUGGCAGUAUCCCGUGAGUACUUUGACCGUGGGCGGUGAGCUGGACGGGCUGUCUCGCAUCACACGUCUGGCGGAGUCCUACUGGCAUCAGGUGCUGCACCCGUACCCGGGGGCCGGGCCGGACCGGUUCCCCCUGGUCGUCCUGCCCGGGGUCACACACUUCCAGUUUGCCAGCGGGGCGCCCCCGUACACAGUGCGCGAGCGCGACUUCAAGCCGGAAGUGACGCUGGAGGCGGCACAGGGUAUGAUAGCGUCGGUGGUUGCAAGCUACCUGACCUCUCAUACACCGGUCGCCGCUCAGGCAAACAUUGCCACCACCGCCAGGCAGCUGGAGGACAUGGUGAAAGAAACAGGCGAUCUCGUCGAGCCUCUCAUCACGGCGCUGGAGAUGGAAGGCUUCUAUCACUUCAAGCAGCCGUGCUACGACAACCCCGUGUCGGCGGCGUGCACUCAGGGCAACGAGUGGAGUCAGCGCGCGCAGAUGAUCAUGUCCGGGUUGCCGUCGACGACCCCGAUCGCCGUCAAAGUCGUGGACAGCUUUCACCCGGUCUAUCAGAUCAAUCCCAUACAUCUACCGCAUAUCACCGGGGGCAACUGUUCGUCGCCAUCAGAGCCCGCGUGCCGUUUGAACAUCACCACGGUAACGCAGAACAUCUACACACUCAUUGACGACCUGGACACGGCAUUCCUUCCGGUAGCCGCGACAACGAUGCGCGUCAAGAUGAAGUCGCGGCAGGCGAUCUUCGAGGCCGUCGGGAUCACCCCGGCCGACUUCAACACGACCGACGGCGGCAUGGUGUGCAAGCAGAUCAAUGAGGCGGCGUUCGCCUGGGCACGAGGGCACGCGGCAAACUCAACGCUGGCGCGGUACGAUAAACUCGGCCAGCCAAUGAUAUUCGGCGACGAUCUGGGUCCGUACAACGCCGGCCCGCUGUGGAUCUGGAAUGAUAUGCAUUACAGCAGCGAGGAGCCCGGCCCAGCGCUGCUCGUCCAGUCACCGAUGAUGAAGACGCCCAACAACUACUGGGAGCCGACGGCACGCGGCUUCCACUACUGCAAGCUGCUGUCGCCGGCAAGAGCGAUGGAGUGGAUCUACGUUGAUGGACUGCGCGCUCACGACUCGCUCGCCAAUCAGACAAUCUUUUAACUUUCUACGUCCCAACAUUGACGAGACAAGUUCCGACGAUCAUCUAACUUUCCAGAUCCUCAAAACGAGAUCUUUUAGUGAGAGUCUACCUGUAAUGUUAGAGGAGAAGGCAGCCGGGACUUCCCGUGUAUCUGGUGAAGUAAAAUUUGAACAAACAACAACAACAAGGUCCUGGACUCGAGUCUUGGUGGGUCUGGCAUUUUUUCUUUUCCGACAAAGUUUACACCCCCGACUAAUCCUUUGAAAUUUGAACAAGUCUCCCCUGAAUCUUUUUUUUAAAGACAACAACAAACUAGACUUUAUUGCGUAAGAUUGCCCAACCCCUUAGCAAGUGGUACAGUGCAGUUCCUUGAUGGCCUUGGUACUUGGCCGUUUGCUCCGACUGAUUCUGGUAUGGGCCCCGGCCAGUCACAUGCAGUAGAUUUUCCCACCCGGAAGAGCGUCAUUCCCAACCGUUGUGAGGCUGGGACCGGCGUUCCGACUGUUUUUCAACAAUCUGGUUCAGCGUAUUCUUAGAUGAUUCACGCUCCUAGAUACCCUUCGCACUGGAUUGUAUACAGUGAUGCACAUGCACACUAUGAUUGUACGGUCAGACCUCGCUUAUCCGGUCCUCUUUUAUCCGGAUCCCUCGCCAUCCGGAAGGAAAUCGUUGGUUACCGACUUACAGCAUAAUUAUUAUGCCAUGCAUGCAUACAGUAUGUGCAUUCGAUUAUCCCGAGUGCC